GUUCUCGCUCGCUUAAAUUUUAUUUAUUUAUUUUUUUUUGUCGAAAACGAGGGUUUGCAGAGGUGCGAAGGAAAUUCGCGCCCCCUCCAUCGCUACUCUGUUGCGACGAAAUCUGCUGCUGUCGGGAUUAUUUCAGAUUGCGUGAGUUGUGGGUUCUUGCGCACUUGGUUGGUCCGGGAGCUUAAAAGACUGAAGCUGGACUGGAGGACCUGUUCAGCUGGCUGCAAUGUACGGGGGAGAUGAGGUUUCGGCGAUAGUGCUGGACCUUGGUUCACACUCCUGCAAAGCAGGUUAUGCAGGUGAAGAUCAACCCAAGUCUGUAUUCCCAUCUGUAGUAGGCUCAGUGGAGACCCCAGGAGCGGUGGUCGAUGGGGGAGGAGACACAGACAUGGAGGCUAAGAAGUCUGGAGAAGCCGAAAAGGCUAAGUCGAGGAAACUGUAUGCUGGUGUGCAAGCUCUGGGUUAUCGCAGAGAUUACAUGGAGGUUGUACCGGCUAUGAAGGAUGGCCUCGUUGCAGAUUGGGAUGUUGUAGAAAGUCUUUGGGAUCACGCUCUAAGGGAUCGUUUAAUGAUAGACCCAAAGGAGCAUCCAAUGCUUCUCGCAGAGCCCUCAUUCAACACACAACAACAUCGCGAAAAAAUGGUUGAACUUAUGUUCGAGAAGUACGACGUACCAGCCCUUUUUCUCGCCAAGAAUGCGGUUUUGACAUCCUUUGCAUCAGGCCGAGCAACAUCGCUCGUUGUGGACUGCGGGGGAGGCUCAACCACCGUGGCUGCAGUGCAUGACGGUUAUGUCCUUCAGAAGGCUAUAGUUCGAUCGGCAAUUGGAGGGGAAGUUCUCACAGAUUGCCUCCAACGAACAUUGGAAGCCAAAGGCAUUAAGAUCAAACCACGUUUCUCAUUUAAGCGCAAAGAGAUACGUCAGGGGGAAUACGAGUUGAUCCCACUCGAUCUUCCAAACACGACAGACAGCUACUACGCUUAUGCGCAGAGAGCUAUUGUGGCUGAUAUUAAAGAAUCCAUUUGCCGUGUACCAGAUUCAGCUUUUGAUGAAACUUCAUAUGCUAAUAUCCCAACAACACCUUAUGAGCUUCCAGACGGCCAGAUAAUUGAAAUUGGAGCUGAUCGUUUCAAGAUUUCAGACAUUUUGUUCAAUCCUACUCUUAUUCAGACAAUUCCUGGCAUGGAGAAAUUCGGCACUGAAGCUGGAAUACCUUUUAACGGACUUCCUCAAAUGGUGAUUGAGAGCAUCAACAAAUGUGAUGUUGAUAUACGGAGAGAGCUCUUCAACAGUGUGAUGCUUGCCGGUGGGACUGCUUCUAUGCAUCAGAUGAAGGAGAGGCUAGAAAAGGAUCUCAUGGAAGAGGCACCACAAGCUGCACGUGUGAAAGUGUUGGCCAGCGGUAACGUCUUGGAGCGUCGAUUCAGUGUAUGGAUUGGUGGAAGUAUUUUGGCUUCAUUGGGCUCUUUUCAGCAAAUGUGGUUCUCCAAAGCAGAGUAUGAAGAGCAUGGUCCCACAUAUGUUCAGAGAAAGUGCCCAUAAGAAGCAUCCUGAGAGUAAGUUGAUUUUCUUCAAGAUCUGGGAGCAAAUCAAUUUGACUAUUCUUUGGAUGUAGUUGAGUGGGACAGCAAGAAAACACUAGGCAACAGAUGUACAGCACGUUAUUAUAAAGGUGUGCCAUGGUGUUUUUGAGCACGACUUCUUGUGAUUAUCACUUUUUAUUGCUGAAGGGCUGCUACAAACAAGCUCGACAAUA